GAUUUGAGUCGUCAAUAAGGGCUUUGUGAUCGACAUGUACUCUCUGUUCUAACCCAGGUCUGUAGGGUAUGAUUAAGUGCCAUGGAUUUGAGUCGUCAAUAAGGGCGUUGUGACCGACAUGUACUCUCUGUUCUAACCCAGGUCUGUAGGGUAUGAUUAAGUGCCAUGGAUUUGAGUCGUCAAUAAGGGCUUUGUGACCGACAUGUACUCUCUGUUCUAACCCAGGUCUGUAGGGUAUGAUUAAGUGCCAUGGAUUUGAGUCAUCAAUAAGGGCUUUGUGACCGACAUGUACUCUCUGUUCUAACCCAGGUCUGUAGGGUAUGAUUAAGUGGCAUGGAUUUGAGUCGUCAAUAAGGGCUUUGUGACCGACAUGUACUCUCUGUUCUAACCCAGGUCUGUAGGGUAUGAUUAAGUGCCAUGGAUUUGAGUCGUCAAUAAGGGCUUUGUGAUCGACAUGUACUCUCUGUUCUAACCCAGGUCUGUAGGGUAUGAUUAAGUGCCAUGGAUUUGAGUCGUCAAUAAGGGCUUUGUGAUCGACAUGUACUCUCUGUUCUAACCCAGGUCUGUAGGGUAUGAUUAAGUGGCAUGGAUGAAAACAAUGGAAAUGGGGAGGUGGACUAUUUGCUGCAAGUUGAAGACUCAAUCAUAGAAGGAGUCAGCAACCCGGUCUUGUUUGUGGUCGUUCUCAGUGUCACGUUCCUGUGUGGACUGGUAACUCUGCUCUGCAGAAAUGAGCAGCAGAACAUCCACCCAGAGAACCAGGAACAUGUCCGUGCCGUCCGACAGCAGCUGCAGUCUGACUCGCAGGAAGGUGAACCAACAGAGCCCAGGCAACAGUUCUAUACAGACAUGUCCUGUCCAGUGUGUCUACAGCAGGCCGUGCUGCCUGUGGAAACCAACUGUGGACAUCUCUUCUGUGGUUCUUGUAUAAUUGCAUAUUGGCGAUAUGGGACAUGGCUUGGUGCAAUCAACUGUCCCAUCUGCAGACAAAUGGUGACCCUGCUGUUCCCUCUCUUCCAUGAGCAUGCCGCCCCUCAGCAGGUACAGGAUGGAACGGUUGAACCGCUCCUCAUCCUCCGGGAUCUCGACGACUACAACCGCAGGUUCUCAGGACAACCCAGAUCGCUGAUGGACCGGCUGCGUGACGUCCCCACGUUGCUGCGCCACCUCUUCAGGGAGAUGUUCUCCGUAGGGGGCCUGUUCUGGAUGUUCCGGAUCCGUGUCCUGCUGUGUCUGAUCGGGGCUCUGACCUACCUGAUCUCCCCUUUGGACUUCAUCCCCGAGGCUCUGUUCGGUCUGCUAGGCUUCCUGGACGACUUCUUCAUCAUCCUGCUUCUCUUCAUCUAUAUCUCUAUCAUGUAUAGAGAGGUGGUGACCCAGAGACUGGCAGCGUGAUGGAGAGAGGUGGUGACCCAGAGACUGGCAGG